UCUGUCGAUCACGCGCUGCCAGUGUUUCGUGAGCCAGACGAUGCUUAUAGUGCUUCCCGAAGUGACCACAGUGUGGCGCUAGUGUUGCCUGUUAGUGGCGCGGAAACACGUUCGACGAUACACACAGAGCUUUUCUAGUGGAAGUUACAACCGUACAUAUAUAUCCAUACGGUGUAUAUACCGAGAGAACGGAAAAAGGAUAGGGAUACAUUUGACUGAACAGAGAGUGAGAUCAAGCUGUACUCGUAUACCGACAUACGUACGCACACGAUCGAACAGUACUUUCACAAAGGAAAAUACGGGCUUACUGGCACCGGUACCGCGGGCUAAGGGGCGCAUCUCUGGAUCCAGUAGUAGCUCAGCUGCGGAGUAGUGCCUUUCGUGCCGGUUCUCUCUAUAGUGUGUAACUUCUCCUGCUUUCCCCUUCCCCUUAACCCUACGAAAACUCUUCCCCUCUGUCGGUGUGCGAAGGCAAAAGCACAUUGACUCUCCCGUUCGUCUUUGACUCGUCACACACGACGAGGGUAUCCUCGCUCCACCUCCACCUUCGCCUCUCCACCACUACCCUUCUCUUCUUCCUCCUACUCUUUCCUCCAUCACCACCACCACCAUCGCCGACAUCACUUCUCCUCUCGUGCUACUCUUGCCGGCGGUCUCCGAGGGAAUAUUCCUCACGGUUCGUCGACGGCCAGUCAGUGCGCGACUCGUCGUUGUUGCGACGGUUGGCGAGGAGGAGAGUGUGGUAUUCGUGCCUUUUCGUGGAAAAUUAUGCUCGUGGCGGAUCGUCGUGCUCCUCGUCGACGUAGUGGCUCGUGCGCCGCGAACGAACGCUCAACACGAGCGUAGUUGUGGAAUUUUUAACAUCGAUCGAAGAGCUGACGGAAAUAGAAAAAAAAAGAAUUAAUAGAAAUCGUCGAGUACACGAUCUGCCUAUUAUAUAGAUACAUACGCAUAUAAAGGCAAAGAAAGAAUCUGGGGAGAUAUCGAAAUCAUCAGAAAGAGAGAGGCGUCGCCCGAAGGAUCGCAAACCACCAGUGUGUUUUUCAUAGAUCCUACGCGCAAGAGUAUUUAUCCUGUACCCUGUCGGACGAAGCUGUUCUACGACUCUCGGCGUCCCACGGAUAAUGGAAUAAAGUGUGUCACACAGUGUUCAGUGAUCGCGCGUGAUUUUCUUAUAAUUCUCGCGGCAACCGUGAAUACCUCUUUGCCAUCGGAUAUACAUAAAUAUAAAUAAAUAUAUACCAGUAUCAAUUUUUUUCUGAGUGUAUUAUACAGUGUGCUACAGACCAGCAGAAGUGACCGCGCGAGUCAUUCGCGAGUUCCCUUCGUUCCGACGACUUUAUUUUUUUCCUUUCGCUACAUCUUUCCGUGAAAUAGAAACCGGUCAAAGUUUUCACAUCUAUCGAAACGAGGAUUACCUAUAUCGACAUCUUGACGAAAUCGAUCAACGAAAAAACGGAAAAAAUAGUGUGUGUUGGAAGGAUACAGUAGCUUGUACCUCGUACGGUACAGUGGCUAUGCAGCCUCGCGAAAUUACGGCGAGCAGGUAACGCCGACGAGCACACCACAGCACCACGGUCCACACACCUCCGCCGAGGACGCACCGGCGGCGUGUAAACAUCAAAGGAAACAACCACCAAACAUGUGGACCACGAUGCUCGUGUGGACGAUCGCCGUCGUGCUUCUGCCAGCACCCCGAGCGGUAAACGCCUCCGGGGUGUUCGAGUUGAGACUGAAGUCAUUCGUGAACGAGUACGGAAAAGACAGUCUGGGCAAGUGCUGUUCAGGCAGCACUUCCAAGACCGGCGAGUGCUCAGGCGUUUGUAAAACCAGGUUCAGGGUCUGCUUGAAACAAUAUCAAGUAAAGAUCGACACGACGACGCCGUGCACAUACGGCGACGUCGUCACACCCGUUUUGGGCGAGAACAUCGUUAAUCUCAGCCCCAACGUCGCCAUGCCAAGCUUCACCAAUCCCAUCAGAUUUCCAUUCGAGUUCACGUGGCCGGGCACAUUCUCGCUGAUAGUGGAGGCUUAUCACGACGCAGACAACACGACACACCACUCACCCGAAAAAGUAUUGAUAACCAGGCUGACGACGCAAAAGUGGCUGGACGUCGGGCCGAAUUGGACCGAGGACGAAUACAGAAGCGCACACGCGAAGAUGGUGUACGAAUAUAGGGUGACUUGCGUGGCGCACUACUAUGGAAAGGGUUGUGAAAAUCUGUGCAGGCCGAGGGACGACAAUUUCGGUCAUUACAGCUGCAGCCCGUCCGGAGAGCGCGUCUGCCUCUCUGGAUGGAAGGGUGACUACUGCAAUACACCCCGCUGCCUGCCCGGAUGCGACGAGCAGCACGGACACUGCAGUCGACCCGACGAGUGCAUAUGCCACAACGGUUGGAAGGGAGCGUACUGCGACCAAUGCGUGAGAUAUCCAGGCUGCCUUCACGGUAGCUGCCAGAAACCCUGGGAGUGCCUCUGCGACGAAGGCUGGGGCGGUCUGUUCUGCAACCAGGACCUCAACUACUGCACGAAUCACAAGCCCUGCUUGAACGGCGGCACCUGCUUUAACACCUUUAACGGCCAGGGUUUGUACACCUGCUCGUGCGCGCCAGGCUUCAACGGCACUAACUGCGAGAAGCCUCUUUUGGACUGUGACUCGAACCCCUGUCUCAACGGUGGAUCAUGCUCCAUGGACCCGCCCUACGGCAAUUCUAGCCUGAUCAGAAGCUCCGUAGACUCGUCCUCCUCGUCGUCGUCGUCGUCUUCGUCGUCGUCCACCAGGCAACAUUAUCGUUGCACCUGUCCACCCGGUUGGCGCGGCCGACACUGCGAGAUCAGCUCGAGAUCCUGUCGAGAUUCUCCCUGCCAUCACGGAGCCACCUGCGAGGACGAUUCUCUUCACGGAUACGUGUGCCGCUGUCCGCCCGGUUACGCUGGCAACGACUGCGAAUCCCAGCUCGACCAGUGUUCCCCGAAUCCAUGUUCGAACGGUGGCACCUGUACAGACCUGGGUAACAGCUUCCGGUGCUCUUGUCCGGCCGGUUUCACCGGCGAACGCUGCGAAACCAACAUCGACGACUGCCAAGGCGAUCCCUGUCUGAACGGAGGAACCUGCGUGGAUCUAGUCAAUCAGUUCCGUUGCCAGUGCGUGCCUGGAUACGUUGGUCGAUUAUGUCAAGAUAAGGUGGAUUAUUGUCUGACGAAACCGUGCGCGAAUGGUGGCCGGUGCAUAUCGGGAACGAACGAUUAUCGGUGCGCGUGUAAACCUGGCUUCACUGGCAAAGACUGUAGCGUCGACGUGGACGAGUGUCGAAGCGCGCCCUGUAGAAACGGUGGCACGUGUUUGAACCGAGUGAACGGGUUCCUCUGCCAAUGCCCGGAGGGUUGGCACGGAGACACUUGUUCGGAAGAAGUAGGCAGUGGAACGGCCAAUUUGCCGGCUCCUUCGAACACCGCAGCUGCUGUUCCUGCUGUACCACCAUCCGGAGCUAGUUACUGGUCGGGAAAUCUGUCCAGGCAUAUCGCGUCCGCGUCCGCGGAGCCACGAGACGCUGGCUUGACCACGGAACACGUAGUGGUGAUAGCAACCCUAUCAACGGCAGUUCCAGCAUUCGUUCUAGUAGCUGCGGUCGCGGUGAUGUGUAUGAAGAGGCGACAGAAGCGAGAACAGGCAAAAGCUGACGAAGAGGCCAGGCUACAGAACGAACGAAACGCUGUUCACAGUAGCAUGAGCAAAAGAAGCGGUGGUGUAAUGGGUGGAGUCGGUGGUGGAGCCGGAGUUGGUUCUACCGGGAGCACCGGGGUUGGUAUCGGUAACGUUGGACUGCUAGGAGGCGGUGGCAGCGGGAUGAUCAGCGGCGGAGGCGGUGGCAGUGUGUGUACCCUGGGUACCGGGGAUGCUCACAUGAUCAAGAACACAUGGACGGCGAACAAGAGCGUGAACAACGUCGCGUCUGCCAGACAAGACGACCUCGACUCGUCGUUUCAAACGGACGUCACGCUGGACAGCUCUUGCUCGGGUUACAAGCCAGAACCGGUGCUGCAAGACGGUCGAACGCGGACAACGAAGCAACUGAACACGGAGGCGGCCGCUCACAGGGCGUCCCACCUCUUCCAAAAGGAGAAGGACUGUCUGGGUCUUGGUCUCGGUAUAGGCGUCGGUGUCGGCGUGAUCGAGACUGCCAAGAGGUCGUCGGUGUUCGCCGGUAACGCGACGACGGACAGCUGUUGCGCGGCGGAGGCGGCAUUGCUCAAGAGGCCGACGACCAUCACGGAAGGGGGCAGUGGUCCACCGGGUAGUGGCGGCGGUGGCGGUGCCGAGACCGGUUGUGGAGUGUACGUUAUAGACGAUCACUAUAGACACGACACGUCGCUAGCGGCGACACUCGCGACGGAAGUGUAGUUAUUCUUCUUCUUAAACGAGUGUUUAACUGUUAUUCUAGUAGUAUAGAGAAACAGAGCCACGGUCGAACGAGAUGACGAGAUGGACUCUUGUAUAAUUCGUAAACGAACUUUUUCCCUUCUUCCGUAAUGACCGGUAAUAAGCUGUGCAUGCCCCCGCGUGCGACUCACACGCGACAAAUCAAGAACUCUUGUAAGAACUCUUGUUUUCUCUCUGUGUUUUUCACGUUCGUUUGGCGUUGCACUCUGUUGUACGCGCGCAACCACCGACCGACGCGACAGAGGAACCACGCGUGCGAUAUCCCUUUGUGCAUGUACACGUACGCACGAGAACCACCACGAAUGUUACACAGUCAUCAGCGUGUGGUGCACCGUGCUUGGCUCUCCGUUAUGGGCCAGCGGGUGAACGAGCGCGCGUUUCUUCGUGAUUCCUUUGUUUCUCUCCCUCCUGUUGCGCAGGACGUCGCGCGUGAGAACGUUCCACCGGACUUUGCCACGACGACGACGAUGAUGAUGAUAAUGAUGAUGAUGAUGAUGGCGAUGAUGAUGACUAUGACGACAACGAUGACGAUGGCGAUGACGAUGACGGCGACGGUGGCUCGCGGUAGCCGUAGCGAUAGCCACUAUGCUAUUGUUGCUGUUACCGCUGUUGCCGUUAUUGUUCUCGAUGGCAGAAAAGAAAGAAGUUGACUCGCGCGCAGACGUUCCGCCAGAUGAUCACGCGGGACGAUCCUCGUCGACGUUGAUGAUGACGAGGAGACUGUCCUUUAACAAAAAGAAACGGAAGAUGACGAAGAAGAAGACGAUGAAGACAAAGAGGAGGAGACUUCAGCGAGAAGAGUUCGACAACAGGGGGACGAAAUGAAAUAUACAUAUAUAUAUGAAAAUAUAUAUAUAUACAAUGAAAUGCUGUGGAGGCGGACGAUGGCGAAUAUCGUCGUCCGACUCGUCCUUAGGUAUUAAUAUUAUAUAUAUAUCAUGUUUGAAGCGAAAACUUUGUACAGAACUAAUUUAUUAUUAUUGUUAUUUACUAUUAUUACUAUUUGCUAUUAUUAUUAUUAUUAUUAUUAUUAAUAUUAUUAUUCUAAUUAUUAUUAUUAAUAUUAUUCUAUCGUAUCACAUUAUCAUUGUUCCGAUAGUUCUCCAUUACUUCUUCUAUUUUUCUCCCUCUCUCUCUCUCUCUCUCUCUCUCUCACACACACACACACUCUCUCUCUCUUUCUCUCUCACUCUCUCACACACACAAUCUCUCUUUUCUCUGUUCUUUUUCGAAUCGCGUGACUGAAGACUUUUCCCUCUCUCUUUCCUUCGUGGCUAACGAGAGGCGCGUUCGCGAGGAUACUUACUUUUGCGUGUACACAAUUGCGCGUGUAUUGUGUAUGUAUGCGAUUCUACGUGUGCGUUUCGUAUAUGUGUGCGCGACCGAUAGCGACAUAGCGUGCAUGCAUCGAGAGUAUGUCUGUUUUGGUACGUGUGUGCGCGCGUGUGUGCGUGCUUCUUUCGUAUAUGUAGUAUGUAUAUAUAUGUAAAUAUACAUGUAUAUGUAUGUGUGUCCAUCUGUUCGCUUGCGAGCAAGCUGUGAGAGAGUACGAAGCAGAGUAACGACCAGAGAGAGGAGAGCGUUUGUAUGUACCGUGCGUAUAUAGUUACGAGCGAGAAAGUUUACGACGAAUCAGAAUUCAAACGAUGUUGCCCCUUCGUGAGAUUUUUUUAUUUUUUUUUCUCCGAUUUCUUUCCUCUCUUUUUUUUAGACUUUCGGAUAACGCUUUUUUUUUGGUCGACAAGCGAUCGAUAUCGGUUCCUCUAUUCCUUUUGUCAUUUGCUAAUUUCAUAAGAAAAGAUCGUAUUUCUUCUGGGACGGUGCCACGUGGAUCUUGAAACGAGGCUUUCGAGGGUACAGCUUCGGGAUCGCAGAGUCCUUGGUAAUCGCGUAAAAUAGCAAUGUACAGUAAACGUUGGAACAAACUCAUCGUCCGGCAAUCUGGGAUAUCCUGUUUCUCGCGGCAAGCCUGGCUUGCCGGAUGAUCGAGCGCUGAAAUUUAUGAAUUAGCCGUUUCCAUAUCGAACCAUCCGUUUGUACCAUCGCAUCGGUAACAGAAACGUCAAAGAGACGAGAAAUCGAAAGAAUUCGAAUUUCGUCUCUUUGGGGCAGAAACGCGCGUUACCCGAUCCGGAAGUCGUGAAAAUUCCAUGAACGGAGCCCUCCACUUGCCUCGUCCGAACGACGAGCACCGUCCCCGAUCGUGGAAUGUGACUAAAAUCAAAAUUCACGCACGAAACCAGCCAUAUGAUCGAAUAGCGAACUUUCGAACUGUGUUUUUUGUAUUAAAAAGAGGAAACUUUACAACAAAAAAAGAAUAAAGAAGGGAAGAGGAAAGCUUAUGGAGAAAAUUCGCUAUCGGAGAAUGUUUGAAAAGUUAGUUUUUAUAAAUUGAAUAAAGUAAUUGAAAUGAUUAGAAUCGUUAAAUUGAACUUUAGACGAUGUUUCAAGGAAUCUGGUAACUUUCUAGGGACAUUCGACCAUCGGCUUUCCUUCGUCCAACUUUUAAAACCUUUUCGUAUCUGCGUGCGCCUCCGAUGAUGUGGCACAUCACACAACGGUAAAAUAUUACUCGCGAUAUGUAUAAAUACAGAUAAAUAAAAUGGAUAAAUAAAUGAAUAUAUAAAUAUAUAGAUAGAAGAAGAAAUAUAUAGAAAGUAUAUAUAUAUAAAAGUAUAUAUAUGUAAAUGAAAAACCGGCGUCGUCGUCAACGGAGUGCGGACGACGAGACGGGUUAUGUUUUCGAGAUCGAAGUCAGCGAGCAAUCGAUAGCGAUUCAAAGAAAUUCGAUAAAUCGACUCUUUUCAGAUAGGAUUCGAAUUAUUUUUCGGUUGAAGUUUAUAAAAUCUAUAAUCGUUCGAUUAAAAUCUUUUUCAUACCUUCAUUGAAUAGACAAAAAAUUAGCUUUUUUAUAAUUACUUUGAAAAAUUUCUCGCCCACUUCGACCGCGGAAACGCGAACAAAUGACGAUUAUGUGUUGUUAUCGCACGGUUGAUGAUAAUUAUUUAUUUAUAUGGAUGAUGAAGCUGCUGAACAAACGAUGAUGAAUAUGAUGAUGAAGGAUGCUGCUGAUAUAAUGAUAAUAACGAUGAUUGACACGCUACGACGCUACUUGUCCGAUACGAUCAAUUAACGCCGGUGGUGAUAAUAAUGCUGAUAGUGAUGAUCACGAUAAUAAUGUAGAAACGUACGAUGACGAUGUAACGAACAAAGAUUCGAUAAUGUUCCUGUUAAUAAAUAAUAAUGAUAAUUAAAUAAACGAAACAACUUACCACAACACUAAGUCAGGUCACGUAUUUCUUUUUCUUUUUUUUUUUUUUUUUUUUUUUGUCUCGCUCGUGAGCAAGGAGUAUAGAAUUUAAAAAAAAAAAUAUAUAUAUAUAUACAUAUACGUAUAUAAGAAAAUUUACGGGAAAAAAGAUAAUGGAGAACAAAAUAGUGGACGGAGCGCAUAUUAAAAAUUGUAUAAAAAGAAGGAAAGAAUAGAGAACGCGGAAGAUGAGAAAAAAAAACAAAUAAAUAAAGAAAAACAAAGUGUGCGCGCCGGCACACAGCGUCGACGACGUGGAUUCGGAUCGAUUAAGCGGCGAUUAAUCGAUCGUUCGUUCACCGGUCGACCGGCGACGACGCUGGCCGGCAUUCGUCGACCCAUAAUUAAACGAGAAGCACGUACGUAUAAACGAUUAUAUUAUAUGGAAUACAAUGUGUAAUAAAGCUGUUGUCAUUUUUUGUACUUAUA